AAUUAUAUUCCGAUUUUUCAGUUGUUUUUUCAAAUUUCCUUGAGCGAGAAUCAUGUUCGCCGUGAAACGAUCUGUGAACCUGGCUAAGGCCAUUGUGCCCGUCGCUCGAGCGGCUUCUCGUCGGGGUUACGCAGCAGACCCGAAUCAAAUGUCCUUCACAUUUGCUGCUCCGAAUGGGGUAUUCUACAAUGCUGCCAGUGUUCGACAAGUGGACGUGCCUUCUUUUAGUGGCAGCUUUGGUAUCCUGCCCAACCACGUUCCCACGUUGGCAGUGUUGAAACCCGGUGUUGUCACUGUCGUUGAAGAUGAUGGAAGCUCCAAGAAGUUCUUCGUUAGCAGUGGGUCGGUAUCGGUGAAUGUUGAUAAUUCAGUCCAAGUUUUAGCAGAAGAAGCCGUUACACUCGACCAACUGGACGCAGGCGCGUGUCGUGAAACUUUGCAGUGGGCGCAAGGCCAAGUUGUUUCGUGUGCCGGAAACGAGGAGGCGAAAGCAGAAGCGGAAAUUGCUGUAGAAGUAGCGGAAGCACUCGUGAAAGCUUGUUCCGAGUAGCCGUCUGCUCCUCUCGAAUUUAGACUAAGGCCGUGUUAGCCACGUGUUUCGUGUAAAAUUAGUUGUCAUUUCGCGAAAGGAGAUUUUGAUUUUCUGUGCAAUCUUCAGCCGAUUUUUUUUGGUUCCAUGGUUCUCAACAUGGGGAAGACUGAAUGAACGUAGUUACGGAA